GAGGAAGCGCGCAGCUGGUUGGUUGCUCAGACCCUGAUCUUUGCCGCGGCAAGCUGCAGGUUCCGGCACGUGCUUUUCGGCGGCCACAUGGAGCUGGAAGAAUUGGGGAUCCGGGAGGAAUGCGGUGUCUUCGGGUGCAUCGCCUCUGGAGAGUGGCCCACACAGUUAGACGUGCCCCAUGUGAUCACACUGGGGCUCGUGGGGCUGCAGCACCGGGGUCAGGAGAGUGCUGGCAUUGUCACAAGUGAUGGAAAUUCAGAACCUACAUUCAAAACCCACAAGGGAAUGGGCCUUGUAAAUCAUGUAUUUACUGAAGACAAUUUGAAGAAAUUAUAUGUUUCAAACCUUGGAAUUGGACACACAAGAUAUGCCACCACUGGAAAGUGUGAGUUAGAAAAUUGUCAGCCCUUUGUUGUUGAGACACUUCAUGGAAAAAUCGCUGUGGCACAUAACGGCGAGUUAAUCAAUGCUGCUCGAUUAAGGAAAAAGCUUCUGCGUCGUGGUAUUGGCCUGUCAACAAGUUCUGAUAGUGAGAUGAUCACCCAGUUACUGGCAUAUACCCCUCCUCAGGAGCAAGAUGACACCCCAGACUGGGUAGCAAGGAUUAAAAACCUAAUGAAGGAAGCACCCACAGCAUACUCUCUGCUUAUAAUGCACAGAGAUGUGAUUUAUGCGGUACGGGAUCCUUAUGGAAAUCGUCCUCUGUGCAUUGGUCGUCUUAUUCCUGUAUCUGAUAUCAAUAAUAAAGAGAAAAAAUCUUCAGAAACAGAAGGAUGGGUGGUGUCUUCAGAAUCUUGUAGUUUUUUAUCUAUUGGUGCAAGAUAUUAUCGUGAAAUCUUGCCUGGAGAAAUUGUGGAAAUAUCCAGACAUAAUGUCCAAACUCUUGCUAUUAUACCAAGAUCUGAAGGAAACCCAAUGGCGUUUUGUAUUUUUGAGUACGUUUAUUUUGCAAGACCAGAUAGUAUAUUUGAAGACCAAAUGGUUUAUACAGUAAGAUUUCGCUGUGGUCAGCGACUGGCAGUUGAAGCACCUGUGGAUGCAGAUAUGGUUAGCACUGUCCCAGAAUCUGCCACACCUGCUGCUCUUGGAUAUGCAGGAAAGUGUGGUCUGCCAUACGUGGAAGUGCUGUGUAAAAACCGGUAUGUUGGCAGAACGUUCAUUCAGCCAAACAUGAGGUUAAGACAACUUGGUGUUGCAAAAAAAUUUGGAGUAUUGUCAGACAACUUUAAAGGCAAAAGAAUUGUUCUUAUUGAUGAUUCCAUUGUGAGAGGCAAUACCAUUUCACCCAUAAUAAAGCUGCUCAAAGAAUCUGGUGCAAAAGAGGUACAUGUUCGAGUAGCUUCUCCGCCAAUUAGAUAUCCGUGUUUCAUGGGAAUAAACAUACCAACAAAAGAAGAGCUUAUUGCUAAUAAACCAGAAUUUAAGCAUCUUCCAGAGUAUCUAGGAGCAAACAGUGUUGUUUAUCUAUCUGUGGAUGGACUGGUCUUAUCUGUACAAGAAGGGAUAAAACUUAAAAACCAGAAAGUGGAAAAACAAGAUAAUAUGAUUCAAGAAAAUGGGAAUGGUGUGGAACGUUUUGAAAACCAUGGUCAUUGUACAGCUUGUCUCACUGGAAAAUACCCUGUGGAAUUGGACUGGUAGCUGAUUUGGUGUUCUUAUUCUUUCAAGAUGUGAAAUUGGUGGAGAUGUUACAGUUUUUACACAUUAUGUAUUUACUGUUACUCAGUUGGUACAAUGUAAAAUGUGACGUGCUUGUGUUUACCUUUAUAAACCAAAGUACAUUGUUUUCUUGACUAAAUUCUAGGUUGGAUGAGCUUUUCAUUUUAUUUAGUAGGAUAGUGCUUUGAAGCUACAAAUAAUGAAAUUAUAUAUUUAAUUUCAGAGCAUCAAAGUAUAAUGCAAAGAACAAGUAAUGUUGUAUUGCAAAAUAGUUUACCUUUUGUGGAAUGUUUUUUGAAAGUCCCUGAAACUCAGUUGUGGAGUAUUUUCAUAGUUGACUCUUGCUGAUUAUUUUUAAAAAGCAAUAUAUGGAAGUCUUUUCUUUCAUCAGCAUUGGCCAGCCUUUCUCACCUAUUCAAUGAAGGAAUUCAAUGACAAAUAAAUGCACAGGACCAUGGUUCAGUUUGUCAGAGGAUAAGUGAGUUAAAUAAGUAGAAUAUUUCCUAUGAAGCUCAAAUAUAUCAUACCUCAAAGGUAGGGUGUCUGACCCUUAGAAUUAGUUGUUUGUAGUUGGAACCUUGGCUUCCCUAUCUACCUUUUGACAAAUCUUAAAAGGAAAAAAUAAAUUACCUUAAGUUGCCUCACUUUCCCCACCAAUGUAAUGGGUUACUUACAUGAUAAACUCCGUGAUAGGGAUGUUAAUAA